UCUUCCACUUCUCUCUCUUCCCCUCCUCUUUCUUGUAUGGCAUGUAGAGAGGACAGAAUAUGUGGCAGGAAUCAGAGGUCUCUCCAGUUCCCUUACUCUCUCCAUCGCUCUCUCGCUCUCUUUCCCUGAGUGUGCGAGAGGAGUUUGGGCAGCAGCUACGUCAGCCGUCAGCGAGCAGCUGAGGAGAGCUGUGGAACUCACAUGUGUGUGUAUGUGUGUGUGUGUGUGUGUGUGUGUGUCUCAUCUUUCUCUCAUAGUCUCCAGCUCAUACCUCUACUCUCUCUGGAGUCUACGGCUGUGGCACAUCCUGGGGCACUGACACGGCGAACGAAGCACCUCCUCUCACCAUCUGCACACUGCUCCUCAAACAGCAGCAGACCACAGCACAAACCAAGGAGAAAAGAAGGAGAGAGUGGAAGCAAAGGAUGGAAGAGAAGAAGAGAGAGAUGGGAAUCUGAAGGAAAAGUGCGGAGGUAGGAGAGUCUGAUGGACAGAGUAGAAAAAGUAAGUGAAGAAAUAGUAUUGGAAGAAUGAAACAGAGAUGAAGUGAGGAACGCAGAGCUGAUAAAGGUGAAACUGAAAAGAGAAAUACUUGUUAUAAAUAGGAACGUAGCUGUGUCCGGGAGAGAAUAACAACCUCAGAGAAAGAAGAUUUAGGAAAAAAUGUUCUAACAGCCACAGCGUGGAAGAAAAUAGCUGGUGAAACGAAAAAAAGGGUAAAGGCUCAGGGAGAGAUAAGCAGGAGGGAUCAAAUUCAUUUGUAAAGGACAGCCCCGGCCAACCACAUGCCCAUCGAAUUUGUUUGUAAAAUCAAGUUUGCUGAGGGUGAUGAAGCCAAGGGGGCCUCGACAGAAAGAGGCGGAACUGUUAUGCUAGAUGGCCUUCCGCAAAAAGGAGGCAUGGCUGACCUGGCGUCCUUCGCAAGCUCCUCUUCGCUGCAUGGUCUGGCUCGGGUGUUAGGGACCUCAGGGCGCUUGGGCUUCAGACAGACCCUCUGGGGACUGGCACUGUUGGCUUCGCUUGGUCUCUUCCUGUACCAGGCGACAUGGAGCACGGCGACUUAUCUAGAGCGACCCCACCUCGCAGCUAUGAGGGAAGAAACCCGCCGUGAGCUCACUUUCCCGGCUAUCACGGUCUGCAACGUCAACCGAUUCCGCUUCUCAGCCCUCACCGAUGCGGACAUCUACCACUUGGCGAACCUCACCGGCCUGCCGCCCAAAAGCCGGAAAGGACACCGGCCAAGUGAGCUCCAGUAUCCACCACCAGACAUGCUAGACAUUUUCCAGAGAACUGGCCACCAGCUGGAAGACAUGCUGAAGAGUUGCAACUUCAGUGGGCAGAACUGCUCGAGCGAAGAUUUCAGUGUGGUUUAUACACGGUAUGGGAAAUGUUACACAUUUAAUGGAAACAAGACAUCGCCUAAGAGGGUAAGGCAAGGCGGCACAGGAAACGGACUGGAGCUGAUGCUGGAUAUUCAACAGGACGAGUAUCUGCCCAUCUGGAGAGAAACCAAUGAGACGACACUGGAGGCAGGUAUUCGGGUUCAGAUUCAUAGUCAGAAUGAACCCCCAUACAUCCACCAGCUGGGCUUUGGGGUCUCUCCAGGAUUCCAGACAUUUGUUUCCUGUCAGGAACAGAGGCUAACAUACCUACCACAGCCAUGGGGGAACUGUCGAGCUUCAUCUGAGCCUGUGAUCCCAGGAUACGACACCUACAGCGUCAGUGCUUGCAGACUGCACUGUGAGAGCACACAGGUGCAGAGAGAGUGCAAUUGCAGGAUGGUGCAUAUGCCAGGCAAUGCUGAUAUCUGCACACCCAGUAAAAUCAAGUGUGUUGACAAGGCUUUAGCUUUACUCCAGAAGAGCACAGGUGACUCAUGCCCCUGCGAGACACCCUGUAAUUUGACUCGGUAUGGAAAAGAGCUCUCUAUGGUUAAAAUCCCCAGCAGGGGCUCUGCUCGCUACCUUUCUCGCAAAUACCAGAAAUCGGAGGAAUACAUUAGAGACAACUUUCUCAUCUUGGAUAUUUUCUUUGAGGCCCUUAACUAUGAGACAAUAGAACAGAAGAAAGCGUAUGACAUCGCUGGUCUGUUAGGAGAUAUUGGUGGACAGAUGGGGCUAUUCAUUGGGGCCAGUAUUCUUACUAUACUGGAAAUACUUGACUAUAUCUAUGAGGUGGCCAUAUACAAAAUCAAGCAAUUCCUGAAACCAAAAAAGAGUCAGAAACAACAGAUCCAACGGAACUUGAUCCAAGAGCAGAUACAGAGAACAAAGAACCUGCGAGAACAGAACCUGAAGGCUCAGCUGGCAGCCGGAACUAUUGCUACAGUUAGAUUUGAAGAAGUCAAAGUCAAGGCAGCUAAUGAAGUGGCUCAACCACACAGUGCACAUCCAACUUCAAUAUUACCAAAUCAUCACAAUGCACAAGCAGUCAUACAGCAGGACUUUGCUUGUUAAGGGACGUCUCUUCUUCUCUGUAUUUAUUUUUCAUAUCACUGUACUUGAAAUUGAGAUCCUGAAUGGACCCUGUAAACUGAAAUACAAAUUUCAUUUUUUUUCCACUUAUAAAAGCUACAGCCAAAGCAAAGCCUAAUCCAGGAACUCAUGUGAAACCGGCUCAAACCAGUCACACUGUCACUGUUCCCAUUGUUCAAGUCAAUACCAGAUGAAGAAACCACACAAUGUGUUUCACAUGUGCUCUUGUAGAUUUUUUCCCCAUCUGGAUGGACCUAUCAUAGAUUUCAAAGAAGAAAGGACCUGAAAGGAUCAGAUUCGGACAGAAUGUUGCAUUUCACAUAAAUUACUUUUUUGACAGGACAAAUAUGAACUAAAUGGAAGUUAUAAGAGACGAAGCAACCAUGUUAGUGCAGAAAAAAAGUUGGUUUCUGCGUGGUUCUUCCUAUGGUAAUGUACAGUGCUUGCGCCAUUUCACCUUUUCACAUUUCUUAAUAACAUAAUGAAACUUCUCAGUAGAAGAACAGCUUAAAUAUACCACUCGUUUCUCUGUGAGUAGGUGUUAUGUUCUUUUUCAGCCUUAUGUAACUUCUCCAUUGUGCUGUAGUCCUUAUAAUGAAACAGUCUGUCUCUAGGAUUGAAACAUAAAAAAAACACCACACUAGAGCACACUGUCUGCUUAAAAAUCAUCUUUAGUAAAAAAUAAAUAAAAUACAAUAAAAACACAACUAAUAUUCUUUAAAUGUAUAUAAAAAUGUAGAGGUGAUAUUUAUUUUGUAUUCAAAUACAAACACAUUUCAAUUUGUAGUAACAUUUUGCUGAAUAUCCAUCAUUUCCGUCUCCUCAUAAAUCUAAAAUAAUAAUAAAAUCAGUUUGAAAGGACUAUAUAACACAGUAAUACUGACUACAGAUGAAACAAAACUGUCUAAACCUUAAAACCACGAUGAGUUCUUCAACUUUUUUAUAAUUUCAUGUCUUGAAUUAUGUAUUAGAGACUUGUCACGAGCCAGAUACUUCUUAAUUUCCACAAUUAACCUUGUACAUGAGGACAGUAUUUCAAGGAGGGGAAAAAACUGCUUUUACUGCCAUCUAGUGGGCAUAAAACUAAAUCACAAACACCUAUUAUGUUUUAUCAACAUCACUUUGUAUGAACUUGUCAUGGUGGCUCAAUAACAGUGGAAAUUCAAUGGUAGAAAGGUUAUAUGGAAUCAUGCAAUUCAGAAAUUACUGUGGAAGUAUUUGGUGAAUAAAAAGUUGUUUUUUUUUACAAAAUAUCACAUGGGUGUGAUAAUGACUGUUAUCCAAGUUGUGAGCAAAUAGGUUGUGUGAUCACAUAAUAAUAAUUAUGAAAAUGUACUGUCACCUACAUUGACAAAUAGAAUUAGAGCCUCUUAAGCUCUUCGUCUGUAACCGUUUCUGUUAGCAGCUGAAUGGUGCACACUUUAAACAUCUGUAGUGUGAUGCACUAAAUCUAUAAUCUCAUUACAGCAUGUCAGUUCCACUGAGCCCAACACCUGGUACUCUGCUCGAAAAUAUCUUUUUGUAAAAAAAAAAUCAAAAA